AGCUGAUCGGGUUUCCAAGAAACCACUGCAAGUGUUCUGUCAGUCAGAGCUCAGACUCCACAGCAGAGCAGAAGAACAAAACACGUCUGAAACAGGGUUCUUUUACCUGCAUGGACGUCUUUUAUUGUCCUCUGAUCAAUCUGGAGAUCAGAAGAUGAGUGAUCGAGGAGACAAAGAGGAGGACAGAGCAGAGUCUCCUCUGUCCAGCUGUCUCUCUAUGGAGAGUGACUGGUCUAAAGGUCGUCCUCCAGACUUCAGUAAUGAACCAGGACUCUCAGAUCCACAAAUAACAAAGGGGUCUGUUUCUGUGGAGGAGCAGCUUUCCAGCUGUGCUUUGUGUCAGGACGUCCUGAGAGAUCCCGUUUCUACCAGCUGUGGACACUGUUUCUGCAGACAGUGUCUGACCUCAUACUGGGACCAGUCUACUUCAUCAGGAGAGACCUCCUGUCCCCAGUGUGGAGAAAGAUCUGUCAUAAGACGAGGACUGCAGAUAUCCAGUCAGUCCAGCAGUGUAACCAUAGAUAGAGGUCUACAGGAGGUUUUAGAUGAACAUAAGAUCAGUCUGAGGAGGAGAUGUGAACAUGUGACUGAAGGAAGUGAUGAAACAGGAAGUAGAACCCUCCUCAACAACUCUUAG